AUGAAACAAAUACUUAUAUUUUUUUGUAUUAAAGUUUACUCAUUAAAUGCCACGUCACGAGAUAAAUCGUUGCGAAUUAUUGGGGGCCGAGAUGCAGUUCCAGGCGAGUUUCCAUACGCCUUGAAAAUGGAAAUGAAAGGACAAAACAAAGAUGGUGAUUACCGUUACAUUCAUGUAUGUACAUGCACUGUAAUCAAACCUACAUGGAGCCUGACUGCUGCUCAUUGCAUCAAAGGACUAGAAGAUUAUACAUCAACACUAAAUGUAAAAGGCGUUAUUAGGCAUAAUUUUUCUUCUGACAAAGAGUCUUCAUUUAGCAAUAUAUUAUCGAUGUUUAAAGAACCAAAUUAUCGUGAAACAAUUACGAUCGAAAAUGACAUUGGACUUUUACUAUCUGAAACAAUACCUGUUUCUCGAUUUGCUAAACUUAGUUCAGUCGAUUAUUUUACUUUAUAUGGUACUAAGGUUUUGACUUUAGGGUAUGGCGUUACUAUAGGUUCUAAUGGAUCCCUCGGCGAUGCUCUUAGUGUCAACAAGCCGUUGCAAGUUUUGGAUGCUGUAAUUACUAGGUGUUCAUCGAAAGCAUUUUCACCGGCGUUUUGUUUGGGAGGAAUUUGCGGUCUAUGGCCUGCUUCCAGACCUGGUGACUCAGGUGGGCCAGUAUUACAUGUAUCUGGUAUUGUCGGUGUUUGUUCAGGAGAAGAUUUAAGUCAGGGGAAAACAGGAUAUGACAAAAAUAAAAGCUUGAAACUUAAAAUAAAAAUGGGACGUCAACCUAUUGCAAUGUACACACCUGGAAGUAGUUACGUCGAUUGGAUUACAAACGUAAUAAAUUCAAUUUCGUUAUAA